GAUACGGUUGCACUGAAUGAUCCAAACAUUAUUGAAUUAAACAUGGUAGCAACAGGAGGUGUUAGCGAUGCUUAUAAUUUGGCAAAACUUUUUUCAUUGGCAAUUGAUGGAACACUUUUGAGUAAUCGAACACUUGCGCAAGUUAUCCAACCAACUAUGACUAACUGGCAUUUAGAACAGGUUUUCUUCUAUCCAUUCGUCAAAGGUCGAGGAUUCUUCUUUGAAAAACAUCCCAUCAACAGGAACAGUUACUUGUUUGGGCAUCCAGGAUAUGGUUGCCAAGCACUGAAUAUUGAUUUCGACAAUAAGAUAGUCAUUGCUUACGUUUCAAAUGGUUUAAAAACAGGAAGCGGUAAAAUGUGCAGGACAUAUCAGUCGAUACUUCGAUCUCUGUACCGAUCAUUAUGA